AUGCGUGGCCGUGAACUGCGAGCUCCUCCUCACGACUCCGAGACGAGCCGCGAUUAUUAUAGUUUCAAUCAUAUUGCUCCGAAAUCUUCGGAGAACAAUCAGAUACCUCCUCAUCCCUAUGAACCAAGAAAUCAUCUAUUUAACAAGGAAAAUGGAAACCCUGCAUAUGAUCCCGCAAAUAAUAGAAGUUUCCCAACCUCAAAUCAACCACGAAACUACGAAACUCAGCAAAAUGAGUCGAAAAAUAAAGAGAAAAAGAAAUAUAAACCAUCCCCGUUUGAUACUUUUGGUGAAUCGGCUAUUGAAAGGAUCUACUCGGAAUUUCGCUUCCUUGACGAGUGUUCACCGUCAACAUCGUCGCAACCAAUUUUCAAAGCGACAAGUGGAAAAAAAAAUGUUCGACGUGGAUGCGUGAGCUUUACCUCGAGAAUGCUGGUGCUGGCUGUUUUGCCGGUACUGCAACUUGUUUCAGCCAUUGGUCUUCUCGGUUUUGCAUUUAUUCGAACAUUUGAGCUUUUUCAAGAAAAAGGCCUUUCAAAUCUGCUACUUGAUUUGAAUAAACCUGAAGAUUACGCGGUCACCACGGAAGAAGGAGCAAAAAUCAUUCGGUUUCGAACGGGUACUGCAAUAAUAGUGCCCGCUUUGUUGCAAUGCAUUUCGGCUCUUCUUGGCUUUUGGGGUUUCUCGCAACAACGAAAAAAGGGAAUGCAGAUUGGUCACAUUGUGCUUACUUUGUUGUCGAUCGAUUUAUGGAUGAGCGCUCUCACGAACGCCGCCAUUGAGCUCAACAUCAACUUUAUUCAGCUGAAUCGACUCUAUGAAAGCACUGAGUACUUUAUUUAUGUGGCAAUUGCGUGUCUCACGUAUGCUCAGGUGUUAUAUCUGCCGACAAUCACGAUGAGCUUCGCUGCCGUGCAAGCAUUCCCGAUGAAACAGUGCCGAGAAGGUCCUUCACUGGGUGCUGUACUUGUCGCUUUGUUGACAGCUGUGUUGGCUGCGAUCUCCGUCUCGUUGUCCGCUUAUGCAGCUUCUCGAAGCCUUUCCAAUAUUGAAGAUUGGCCCGAAUCACCGGUGGUCAAUCCCGGCGCACUCUUUGCGUUUGGACUCAAUGAAGCAGUUGUCGGAGCGUACGUGGUGAGCGCUUCGUGGUGCACGCUCUUGUGCGUUUCGGUGCAUUCGCCCAGGCUUUUCCCCGUGGCUCUUCUAUUGACAUUUACCUCGCUGUUGACGAUUCUGACUCACGUAUUGACACCAUCGAGGCUGCUUUCUCUUGCUCAUGCCGUUCAAGUUCUUGCCGAAAUCCCCAAACCGUUUCCCGUUUCUCAUAUUUGUAUUUGUUUGCUAUACGGGAGCGAGAUCGCGUUGUGCGGAUCAUUGGUGCUACUAUUAGUUGUGACGUCGAUUCGUUUCAUCGAUCAAUCCGAAAGCGCGUCCUCCACUUCACCCAAUUCAACCAAUUGCUCACAGCUA